AUGGCCUCAUCCCGUCCCACGCAUGCUGCUGAUGAGGCGGCCUUCCUACAGGCACUGAACGUUGAUGUGCAGAACCAGGAUGACCUGGAGCGAGAUCUUGCUCAGAAGGCCGACAAACUGCUGGCUGAGAAAGCCGAGGAAAACGAGACCAAACGCCUGGAAAAAGCUUUGACUGAGAUAGACAAAGCCGAUGCCCAGAUUCGACGACUAGAGGAUCGCCUGUCCCAGCCCUUGGGCACCGCCACCCAACAACUUCGUCGCGUCGAGCUUGACCGACUCAAGUCGCGCCGGGCUGAACUAGCCAAGGAUGUGCGGGAUAUUCAAAAGCGAAUAGAUGGACAACGAGAAGUUCAACAGGCGGCUUCUUCUAGCCAUGGGUCAGGUCGGCUGGCGAACGAGUCUCGACGCGACUACCUCCUGCGGACCGGUCAGAUUACCCCAUUCGACCUCAUAAACACUGGUGGAUCAGAGGGACCUGCUGCAGCUCUACAUGAUGCUCUUGCAGGCGCAGAAGACGAACAGAGGGUCAAGGAAGAGCGAGAACAAGCUCGCCACGAUGCUUCCCACCGCAACCUUGUUCGCCCUGGCCACGACUUUGACGACAGCGAAAGUAGCGCUACGAGUAGUUCAAAGCGCCAGAAGGUGGAAGCCGGACCCUCGUCUCUUAGCUCCACCCCCGGAUCAACCCCGGUUCGACUAAAGAUCCGCAUGCCCCGCCGUUCCCUCUCCCCUUCGUCGUCCGCGAGCUAUGUUGCCUCUGAAGCUUCCAGCGUCAAGUCCGAAGAUGAAGAGUACAUGCCCGACACACUUCCUGAGACAACAUCGACUGGAAAGCGCAAACGACACCUGGGUAUUAAGGACAAGGGGGAUGAUCUGGAGGAUCUCAGCGGCGUGGACGAUGGCGACGAGUCUGUUUACCAGGACCGUUUGAUGGUAUGGACGAAAACUCGCAGUGAAGCCCGUCGACGUGAGCAACCCGAUUAUCAGGACGAUCCCAAUGAGGACGAAUGGCAUAAGCCGCAUCCUAAAUAUCCUGAUCUUGAACUCCCCAAUGGACUCAGCGUGCCCGGAGACAUUGCACAUUACCUCUUUUCAUACCAAAGGACAGGUGUCCAGUGGCUAUGGGAGCUUCACCAGCAGUCGGUUGGUGGCAUUGUCGGAGAUGAAAUGGGUCUGGGAAAGACAGUACAAGCUAUCACCUACGUUGCUGCGCUACACCACAGCAAAAUGUACUCCAAACCUACUAUCGUAGUGUGCCCUGCAACUCUGAUGGUCCAGUGGGUCACUGAAUUUCAUAAUUGGUGGCCAGCGCUGCGUGUCUCGAUUUUGCAUUCUUCUGGGAGUGGAAUGCUUAAUCUCAAAAAGGAGAACAGACGAGAAAAUGCGUUGACCUCGGAGAUGAUGGGUUCGGGUGGUUCUCACAGUCUUUCUUCUGGCCAAAAAGCGGCUAAGAAGAUCCUCAAACGUGUCGUCGAGGAUGGCCACGUUCUGGUCACAACAUAUUCCGGCCUGCAGUCCUACGCAGAUGAUCUAACGGGUAUUGAAUGGGGGGCUGCCAUCCUCGAUGAAGGCCACAAAAUUCGGAAUCCUGAUGCCGGGAUAACGUUCAGUUGCAAAGAGUUGCGCACACCUCAUCGCAUUAUCUUGUCCGGGACCCCCAUCCAGAACAGUCUUAUUGACCUCUGGUCCCUCUUUGAUUUCGUCUUCCCAAUGCGCCUCGGCACACUUGUUACAUUCAAGAACCAAUUUGAAAUUCCCAUCCGUCAAGGCGGAUACGCUUCCGCCUCCAAUCUCCAGGUACAAACUGCUACCAGGUGUGCGGAGACGUUGAAAGAAGCCAUUACCCCCUACCUUCUCCAGCGAUUCAAGACCGAUGUCGCAUCUGAUCUUCCGAAGAAAAGUGAGCAGGUUAUUUUUUGCAAACUUACACAGUACCAGCGUUCUAUGUACAAACGGUACCUCAGUUCGGAAGAUAUGCAGUCUAUCUGCAAGGGAAAAAGGAAAUCUUUCUCAGGCAUUGAUAUUCUCCGCAAAAUCUGCAACCACCCAGAUCUAGUUGAUCGGCAACUUAGCCAUCUCGGGAGUGACUAUGGCCGUGAAGAUCGCUCGGGUAAAAUGCAAGUUCUGAGGAGCCUGCUUGAGCUUUGGAGGGACACUGGACAUAAGACUUUACUCUUUGCCCAGACUGUGCAAAUGCUGGACAUUUUGGAAAAGUUCAUUUGUUCUCUCGGAGGGUUCGCAUAUCGUCGGAUGGACGGUUCGACUCAGAUCCCUAAGCGACAUGCAAUUGUGACUGAGUUCAAUGUCGACCCGGACCUCCACGUGUUCCUCCUGACUACGAAGGUUGGAGGUAUUGGCAUUAACCUCACCGGUGCUGAUCGCGUCAUCAUUUUUGAUCCCGACUGGAACCCGUCCACUGAUAUGCAAGCCUGCGAGCGUGCAUGGCGUCUUGGCCAGAAGCGUGAUGUGACAAUCUUCCGGCUUAUGAUGAAGGGCACCAUUGAAGAAAAGAUUUAUCACCGUCAGAUCUUCAAGCAGUUCAUGACCAACAAAAUCACCAAGGAUCCACAACAGCGUGAAGGGUUCCAACUCAACGACCUCUAUGAUCUGUUCACGCUUACCGAAGAGGAUGACCAGGAGUUAGAAACGACACAACUCUUCAAAGAUGCAGAAGUCACCUACCAGGAAGAGCAGAAGGAGACUACGAAGUCCAACUUUCCAUCCCGGAAGCGUCCCAUUAACAGCAAUUCCGCGCCGAAGGCCAAACCUUCCUCUCCAGUCCAUGUUAAAGCCGAGGAACCUGACGACCUGGGCACUGUUCAGGGAAUCGCCAACGUGGAGGAUUUCAAAACUGCAGCAGGUGUCAAGGCAGAAAAUAAUACUGAAGACAAUUUCAGUGACCAAAACGCCGAACAGAAUGGUGAUGGCAAACAAGCCGAGGACCGCCUCAUGCAUAGCAUUUUCUCCCGUUCAGGUGUUCAUGCUGCCCUCGAACACGACCAGAUCAUUAACGGCAAGCGAGUAGUCCAGGCAGACCCCAAGAUGGUCGAAGCCGAAGCUCGCCGUUUCGCCAACGAGAGUGCCGCUGCACUUCGUAAAGCUGAAGAAGCCGCUCGCUCCGUCCCCAUUGGACUGCCCACAUGGACCGGUCAGUUUGGUGUCGCCGGCCGGGAUGUUGGUGGAAGCUCAGCGCGCCCUGGUCGAGGAGGACCUUCCUCCGCUUCUCUCCUCACAAACCUGAACCCAGGUGCUGCGUUGAACACCCAGCGUCCUUCUACCCCGACUUUUAUGCCACGCGGCGAAGAAUUUUUACCCCUUAUUCAAAACUUCUUCCGGUCGCACCGUGGCCCUAUAACCUCACAAGUGAUUAUCAACAACUUUAAUCACUAUUGUGCCACCGAACAGCGGCAGCAGGAGUUCUAUGCAGUUUUGAAGAGAGUUGCUGAGCUCGGUCCUCCCCAACGGGGUCGUAGGCUUUGGGCAUUGAAAACAAGCAGACAAGCGGCUUCUCCUCGCCCACGACCUGGAGGCACUUCCUCCCCGCGUCCUCGACCCGGAGGAACUUCUUCCCCACGGCCCCGUACUUGA